AUGCAGAGGCGAUGGAUGACGCCGGCGCCGAAACCAGGCGAUGGGCCGUUGAUGUCGAGACGAGCCGAUCGCGAGCUUCCCGACGUAGGCCAAGUCUCCCACGGCUGGCGCCGCACCCUCCCCAUCUUCCUCGUCGUCGUCGCCGCCUGCUCCGUCACAAUCUUCAACUACCAAAAGUCGUCGUCCCCCAUCAUCUCCUCCACGCUCUACGCGCUGCGCACGAACCCCGUCGCCAACGAGCUGCUCGGCGGCGAGAUCUACUUCAAGCACCAGAUCCCCUGGAUCCGCGGCGAGAUGAACCAGGUCAAGGGCCGCAUCGACGUGAGCUUCGCCGUGCGCGGGAACAAGUCCUCGGGCGUGAUGCGCUUCGCGAGCCACCGGCCGUCGCCCAAGGCCUUCUUCGAGACGACGGUCUGGAGCCUGACGAUGGAGGACGGGACGGUGGUGGACCUGCUGGACGGGGGGGAUCCGUUUAGGGGCUUGCUUGGGGGGGAUGACGGCGGUGCGGAGGAGGAUGAUGUGCUGGUGUUGGGGGAUAUGGCUGGGGAUGGCCAGACGAAGGGAUUCAGGCAGCAGGGUGCGCUCAACAGGUGA